GUGGGACCGGGACGAGCCGGGUCCGCGGCGCCGCCUCCCGGGGGCAGCGGGAGCCCGGAGGAGCCGGCGGCGGCCGGGAAGAGGCGGCGGGAGGCGGCCGGAGCCAGGCGGGAGCGGGCCGGGAAGAGCCGCCAUGGAGCGGAAGAGUGCUUUUCCUUUGGGCCAAGCUUCCCCAGGAAGAGACAGGACUCUCAGUCAUUUCAGCCCCAGUGGGAAGAAGUUCCGGAGCAAGCCGCAGCUGGCCCGGUACCUGGGCAGCUCCAUGGACCUGGGCACCUUCGACUUCCGCACGGGAAAGAUGCUGAUGAACAAGAUGAACAAGAACAGGCAGAGGAUGCGCUAUGACUGCUCCAACCAGGCCAAGGGCAAGCCUGAUUUGAACACAGCCCUGCCUGUGAGACAAACAGCCUCCAUCUUCAAGCAGCCUGUCACAAAGAUCACAAACCACCCCAGCAACAAGGUGAAGAGUGACCCCCAGAAAGCUGUGGACCAACCCAGACAGCUCUUCUGGGAGAAGAAGUUAAGUGGACUGAAUGCCUUUGACAUUGCAGAGGAGCUGGUGAAAACAAUGGACCUUCCCAAAGGUUUGCAAGGGGUGGGCCCGGGGUGCACAGAUGAAACCCUGCUCUCUGCCAUCGCCAGUGCCCUGCACACCAGCACCAUGCCCAUCACAGGCCAGCUCUCUGCAGCUGUGGAGAAGAACCCUGGGGUUUGGCUCAACACCUCACAGCCUCUCUGCAAAGCCUUCAUGGUGACAGAUGAAGAUAUCAGGAAGCAGGAGGAGCUGGUGCAGCAGGUGAGGAAGAGGCUGGAGGAGGCCCUCAUGGCUGACAUGCUGGCCCACGUGGAGGAGAUCGCCAGGGAUGGGGAACCCCCCUCAGAGAAAGAAGGAGGGGAGGAAGAAGGAGAAGAGGAAGAAGAGGAGGAGGAGCAGGACCAUGACCAGGAGAUGGAGAAUGUAUAGUCCAGGGAGUUCCAUCUAAGAAUUCCCAGUAUAAAGCCAAUCAGCAGGGUCAGCACAACCAUUUACAGAGCCAAGAGUGCACCACCAGUCCAACUGUACCCCGGAGCAUUUGGAUGUACUUCAGGAAACACGGGAGCUGAUGGUUCAUUCUCUGCUGGGGAGUUUUGCAGGUGGAACUUGACUAAACUCCACUCCCCCUCCUUUUUCUAAAGGGGUGGGGUGAUUGGGAAUGCAAAAGUGGGAGGGGAUAAAGGAAUAUCACAUGGUGGGAGGGGAAAUAAUAGGAACCAAAUUUGCUGUCUUUUUUUUUAUUAUUAUUUUUCGUGGGUCAGUGCGAGGUGAUACAUUUUUAAGCUUUUUUUAUCAAAAUGCCUUUAAUGACCCAUAGAAACAAUUUUCUCUCUAACCCGGGAGAGAGAGAGAGAUGCUGUUUCACUCCUUGGCUACUCUGCUGUGGGCUACCUGUUUGUACCUGGCUGUAGGGAGGUCAUUUCAUGUCGUGGAUUGUCAUUCCAUAUGUGAAUUCCAGUCACUGAAUCGCCGUUUCCUCACGAGGCCACAUUGGUCUUGGAAGUGCAGUCUCAGAGCUGAACUGCCAGUGCCUGGUCCCACCUGAGGUUUGGGGAGUAGGGGAAGUUACACUCGAGGAAUUGGGCUGCCAGCUCUGGUAUUUGGGCUUUGGGGUUAGUUCCACACCACACCGAGAGCACUCCCGAGCACGGUUUGGACUCUGUGUGUCCAAACACUCUGAAUAGAGUUUUGGAGAGAAAAUAUACCCAACCUGAGGUGUAUAUUUUGGUUUGGUUCAAGUCCAGUCAGAAGGACUUUUUUUUCUCAACUGGGGAUGGAAGGAUGACUCAUUUCUGACUGACAAUGAGAAAAACUUCCUCCUUUUUCUCUUCUGGUGCCAAGAACCUGCCCUCUGUUCCUCUGUGUGGAGGGAAGGGGAUCCAUUCCAACAGGUGUGGCCACACACCUGCUUUCGUGUGCAGUAAUGUUCUGACCUCUUUAAAAAAAAAAAAAAAAGAAAGGAAAAAGGUUGAUUUUUCUAUAAUUGAUAUCUAAAAAGGAAUUUAAAGCUUUUUAUUAAGUGUUAAAUCUUUUCUUAUUUGCAUGUGCAGUGAAGUGACCAGCAUUUUGUGUCGAAAAUUGAACUGAUGUGAAACCUGCCUUAAUGUGUUUAUAAGUAUUUGGCUUCACCAUGGGUACCUUGAUUGAUUCCUCAGUCUCUUCCAGUACAUCUGUGAGCAUAUUGGGGUAACUUGUGGCUAAAAAUGGAUUUCUCUGGGGAGGGAGACAAGGAGAGGGGAGGAAGAUGAGAGUUUAUAGCUUGGAGAAUGCAUUGACUGGGUUGCAAAAGUUAUUUUAGUCUUAGGGUAUCCAUUGCACAAUUCGUGCUGGGAGAACAGUAGAAAGUGGUGGAUUAAAUACUGUGCCACUGACCAAUUGUACAAGUUGGUGGUAUCCCAAAACUUGGGGAAGAAAGUAGCUCCCAGAGCCUUUAUUGUGUGAGGACCACCAGCAGGGACAGCAGGGGAAGAGGGAGUUGCCUUUGGGAGUAGUUCAGCUUCGUGAUCCCUGGAAAAUAUCCCCUGCCAGAGUGAUUGAUCCUGUGUUCACCCUUUUCUUAGAGGUUUGAAAAUACAAACCCCUGUGAUGUUGCUCACUUGAGUACUGCAAGGAGACUGAGCUGUGCUUUGCUGCUGCUCUGCCAGGUGCUGCUCUGGGGAGCUGUGCCUGGCACUGCAAGCAGUGACCAUUAUUUUCCUUUCUGAACAGUCUGUUACGGUUAUUACUCUGUAAACCUGUCCUCUUGUAAGUCAUGGUGUUGAAUUAAAUGUUUCUCACAAAGAA